GUGUAACCAUAUUCAAAAGUGCCAUGAGGGGAUAAAUGUAUUGCUCUUUGUUGAUACAGUGACAACAUUAAUACAAAGACAACCAAUAUUUAAACGACUUGACUUACGUCUGUCGUCUGUUACCUAGGUCCUGGUUACUAGGUCAUAAUUCCUAAAAAAAAAAUAUAUGUAUUUUGUAAACAAUUUACCAAAGUCAACAAAGUUACAAAAAUACACACUUGAAAAUAUCAAUUUGAUUUCUAUGCGACCACUCAAAAAUUUACUGAAUUCCUGUUUUAUAAAUCAGUGUUUAUUGAAUAUUGUAAUCGUUAUGAAUAACUCGGCAGCUAAGGUUGGUGAAAUAUUUACUGAAGCUGGUGCUGCUUUCAAUAAACUUGCUGAGAUGACAAUGUUGUUGCAUCCUUUAGCAGAACAGACUACUAGUUCACAGACAAAGACUCCAGUAAAAAGAAAGCCUGCAGAAGAAUGCUUGAAUGUUUCAAGCAGUAGCUCUGGCCAGGUAACUCUGAACAUGUUAAAUGCAACUGAAAUUGAUGCUGAGGGACUUGGCAAUGUUAAAUUGGAGUUUGAAUCAAGCACAGAGGAAGUACCAACUUAAACAAUUAAUUGUAUCAAUUUUUUUUAUUUCAUUGUAUGUUUUACUUAUACCUAAGAUUAUUUUACUGAUUGUAAUUAAAUGUAGUCAUAAAUAAAAAAUUAUAAUUUA